AUGGAGGAGUACGGAGGGGGAGGGGGAGACCUCCUGAGCGAGGCGAUGGGAUCUGCGGCGCGGGUGGUGGUGGUAGAGGAUUGCGUGGAGGCACCCGGGGCCUUCGUCCUCCACCUCCUCCUCAAGCGUGCGCUCGCCAGCGGCGGCGCGGCUGCCUUCCUCGCCCUCGCGCAGCCCUUCUCCUAUUACGACCGUGUCCUGCGCAAGAUGGGUUGUAACCUUUCCCUGCAUAGGAGGAACGAGAGGCUUCAUUUCUUUGAAUUGCUAGGAUUCCCAGGUGGAGCAAGGGAAGGCACCAUUGCUGAUAGCUUUGUUCGAUUGUACAAUGAAAUUCAAAGACUGGUUGAGGCAAACAGGGCUGGAGAAAAUGCAGGCCAGUUCACCGUCGUUAUAGAUGAUGCUUCCCUAUUGGAAGUUGUGGCCCUUGGUUCUGUAAACGAUGUGCUGGAUUUCUUGCACUAUUGUUUCGCGCUCACGUCUGAGAUGAAUUGCUCGCUAGUGGUCCUCAUCCACGAGGAUAUAUAUGCAGACGAGGAGAACAUGGGUCUCCUUUUACAUCUGCGCUACAUUGCUGAUCUUGUGAUUAAAGCAGCACCUUUGAGCACUGGUUUGGCUGCUGAUGUUCAUGGACAGCUGUCGGUGGUGAACAAGGGUACAUUCAGCGAGCAAAGGGCAAAAGCACAGAAAGUUUGGAACUUCCAUUUCAAAGGGAAGGAAAACGGUGCUGACUUCUUCUAUCCAGGGACUAGACAUUAG